AUGCCACGUUCAUCGGCUACGGCUAGGAAGAGUCAUAGCAAUCGGCAUGAGAAUGGCAGCGCAAAUACGGGGAAAAAAGUGGCCAAACAGAAAUCCAAUGGACAUCUAAACGGUAUCAUCAACGGCGGCUCUGCGUCCAGUUCUCUUUCCUCCUCUCAAGUCGAUUUGCCGUCGUCUCGCUCUUCCAGCGAUCCGGCCAUCCCCACAACGACCGCAGCACCGACCAAGCUCAACGGAACGCUGGAUAGCUCCAAGGCGGAUUGCAAUGCGCCUGAUCAUUUGAACGGAUACGCCAAGGGAAAUGCCGACAUGUCGUAUGUGCAGAACAAUGGUGUCGCCUCGCAGACCGGUGGCGAUGUUGCAGGACUGGCUUCGCGUCGUACUGAGAAGUCGGCGACCGGUGCCAAGAGGUCGCCUUCGAAUGCCUCAAUUAACCCUCUCCAACUCGCGUCGACCAUCCUCAAAUCAUGCCCCAUGUACGACACGAUCGCGAUCUUGAUCUUUCUGCUCCAACUCCCGCCCAUGGUUCUCACUCUGGUUCAGUUUUUGUUCGCCUCUUUGACCUUCUUGCCUCCUAGUGGUGCGUCGACCGGUUCCUUGACGUCCAAUUUCGACAUCUUUCAAGGCCCCGCUGGAACUCCUUCCCUCGGUACAAUGAUCGCGAUGGAUGGGUUCUGUUUACUGAUAUGGGGCUUGUUCAUGUGGACCUGGGCGCAGAAUUUCGCGCUGGACUUGGCCCACGUUCAAGUUGCCAUCACGCUAGGUGGAGGAGGAUUUGGAAAGAACGGGGGGGUGAACACCCUCUGUGUUGGUAUAGUUUUGAUAAUGCACCUUGUACGGAGCAAAGGUAUACAGGAUUUUGUUAUAGGUCAUCUUCUUUCGUCGAACAUCAUCAGUCCCGAUAUGUUGUCGCAAUAUUCGCAUCUUUUGCCUACUGAGUUUCGCCGCACCGAACCACAGACGUCGCCGAGCUGGCUUCGGAGUCUACUCGCAGUCCAUAUACUGGCCCAAGCGGGCACCGCCAUGGCGAGACGGUCAAUGGCAAAGAACAGAACGCCUAACCCUCCUCGUACCGGCAAGCGCAUCGACACGGAAGCAUCCGCCGGCUCGCAGACACAGAUCGAUUCUGCUUUCGAGUCAGGGGCCAGUGUCUCGUCAUAUAUCGGUGCUGAUGGGCAGAUUGUCACCCCGACAGCGCACAAGGAUGGGAGAGAUCGAUUACUUUCGGCGAAGAAACGCAGGAGACAGGCAAAUCAGGUGCGGAGUCGUCAACCGUUUUGGGCGGCACUGGCAAGCACAAAGAUCACCGUCAUGAGAGAGUAUGAACACUCUAGGGCUUUGUCGAAGACAGCUCGCGGUCUUCCCAUGACCGAGGAUGAUCUUCAAGGACUUUCCCUGGACGAUGGACUUGUAUGGAUUACGGAAAUCGACAGUUCAACGAUAAAAUUUGCGGCUGGUGAUUUUUCUUCGGCGGAUGAUUCAAGCGGUUCGGGAGCCUGCGAAGCUGGAUGUCUAGCGAGCGAGGAUAUGGAACCGUUCUACGUGUGCGUGAAUGGAGCCCUUUGGGCCACCGCUACAAUAUGCAAAGUGCACGAUGCACCGAAAGGAUCGAGUAUGGUACAUUGGCGGGGCGAGAUUUCUGGUCUGGCACCCAAUUGUGCUUACACUUGCUCGUUUGUGCGGAGCGAUACCGAUGAGGAGAUAUGUGUCAUUAGUGUCAAAACCCCAGCGACCAAUGAUGCAGAACAAGUCUCUUCGGUAUCAACCCCACCGCAGCCGUCGUAUCGUCCUUCAUCCCCAACGACUACGCUGAAGAACUCUAUUGUCAACGCUGAAGCCAAGUUGAACGAGAAGCGAUCUCGGCUCAGAAAGGCCAAGAACGAUCACAAGCUUGUCAUUUCCAAAAUCAGGAAGGAGCUUGACAAUUACAACCAUCAAUGUCCCGAGGAAGAACUUCGAGAGUGGUCGGACCAGAAAGCCAAACACGAACACGAGCUGAGUCUGCUCAAUUCGGCAAAGGAGGAGCUCGCCUCUGCUCGGUCCGCUGUUGCCCGUGAAGUCUCCUCGUUGGAAACUGAGUUGAGCUCUGCGAUUCAGAGGCGGGAGCGUCUUCAAAGCCGCCGUACUAGGAUCAACGAACAAUAUGAGAGGAUUGUCUCUGCUAAUGCGCAAGGGCUCAACGAGCGCGAGCGUCGCGCAGCAGAACAAUUUGCCCGAGAGCAGGACCAAGCAAAACUCGAAGCGACUUUCAACGAGCAGUUUGCCAGUAUUGGGCAGUCUGUGCAAGAGUACCAGUUACGCGCGCAACAAAUCUGGCAACAAUGUGACGCUAUCGAGCAAGCCAUCCAGCAGCAACACCAGCAGAUGCUCUUGGAUCCUGGUCCGUUGACCCCCGAGGGUAAUCUGCCCGGGACGAAUCCGUUCUCCGAGUCGGCCUUGCCACUGGGCGCCUUGACAUCGACUGCUCCGAGCAACAGAUCACUGCUAGGGCUCAGCUUCCCGCCUUUGAAGUCCAGUCCCCUUCAGACCGCGUCUUCUCCGGUUGGUGCGUCAUCUUCUCACCCCACGAGUCCAGUGCAGCAGCCGUCGUAUCUCAACUUUCCAACUUCCCCCCUCGUCAAUGCCAGCUCUCACCUCGAUUCGGACUUUGUCUAUCGUGAUCGAUCUUUCUCGAACCGGUCUGCCCGCAGCAGCCUCUAUGGCUCCGACUUCAUGGACUCAAGUCGUCGUCAGCCUUUCCAGCUCGACUUGUCUGAGCUGCUUGCUGACAAGAGAAGCCCGGGAUCCGAUAGCAAUACCGCUCUGAAUUCGGGCUUGAGACCUGUUUCCAGCCCUUUCCAACGGGCGGGUAGCCGUGGAAGCGGUAGCGGAAGCAAUGGAACUGGUGGAAGUGGUAGCGGAAGCGGCAGUCCUAGCUCUGUGUACGGUAAAACCAACUAG